UCUGACACUUACAGCAGGACCAGGAACCGCUGCGAAUUCAAACCCUGAAGAAGAGACAUCAAAUAUUUUGGACCAAGAGGAGCUGACAAGGUGCUACAAAGAAAAAGGGAUUCUGACAUGCACUGGCAGAAAUCACCGAAGGAGAAGCCGUGUUACACUCUUCCCACAGUGAAGAAACUCCUGGAGCAGAAGAGGAAGAGGGAAACCUCCUCGACGGCAACAACCAGUACCGGUGUCUCCACUGCCACUGUCCUCUCCCAACAGGUGUCAACACCAGAGAAGUCUACCUCAACAAGUGUAGCCAGCAGCUACUCAGAUAUGGCAGUGGGGUAUGAGAGAUGGMGUCCUAUGGAUGAGCACCAAGCCCUCUCGGCCAUACAGGAAGGUCCAUUCUCCCCUAUGGGGAACAAUUACUUCUCCAGCCCAUCCUCCUCAAUGGACUACAGCCAUACUCCGGCCUACAGCCCUCAGAUGGCCUCCAGCUACAACACACAGCAGAUUCAGGACUACCCAGACACCAGGAUGCCUCAGCAUUAUACGGAGUGUCCAGUGACCGAGGCUGUUCCUUCUGGGKCCCUGCAGACCGCUGUGUUCCCCUGGUCGUCGGGGGCCCUGGGCCCCACAGAACCUGUCCAGCAGGUGUUUAGUGGCCAGAUGGAUGUCACUAAGCUGGAGGAAGCCAGGAUGUUCCUCAGAGGGAUGGACUACAGUAGAACCACCUGGCAAGAUGACGACGGAGACACGAUUCUGCAUAUUUAUACAGCCAAGGGCCUGAGGGAGUAUGCAUUCGCUGCAGCAGAGAGGCUUGCUGAGCUGGGAAGGCUAGACUCCAAGGAACACAAGGGGAAGACUGCUUUGCUGGUGGCGGUGACUGCUAACCAUCCGGAAAUCGUCCAGGAUCUGUUGUCUUUAGGGGCGGAUAUAAAUGCCUGUGAUGUCAAAGGUCAAACAGCACUUCAUCUUGCUGCAACCUAUGGCUUCCCCAGGGUUAUGCAGGUUAUUCUCUCCAUUGGGCCUGGAGUGAACCUGGAGGCUCGCAAUUUUGAAGGUCUGACUCCUCUGCACUGUGCAGCCAUCUCCCACAGUGGCACCAUGAAGACUCUCUCCUCCCUCUCCUCCACAGGGCUGGGUGAUGCCAGCCUCCAUGCCCUGGCAGAGGAGAAGCUCUCCUGGCUGCAGAUGCUACUCAACACCGGAGCCUCCCUGACCAGCCAGGAAAUCAAAAGUAACAAGACUGUUCUUCACCUGGCUGUGAAGGAGGGGAACAUCCAGCUGGUUCGCCAUCUGCUGAAGACCCCCCUAGACAACAUGAGGGACUUUGUCAACAUGAAGGCCCACGGUCAUACCGCGCUGCACAUGGCUGCUGGUCUCCAUGGCAGCCCACACCAGGAGGAGAUGCUGAGGCUGCUGCUGAGCAGAGGGGCCGACCCCAGAAUCCGCAACCUGGAGAACGACCAGCCUGCACACCUGCUGCAGAGUGGACCCCACGGGGAACAGCUCAAGCUCAUCCUGAAGAAGCGAAGUGCUUCCUCUCGUCGACGUGUAAUGUCCUUACAGGACCAAGAGUGACCCGGACUACUUUUUAUGUCCCUGUGUAUCCCUCCACCUCUUUUCAGAGGAAGUACUGAAGGUCUGUACUGUAGGUUGAAUCCAGACAUCUGUACUUCCAACAGGGAGGGAUUCUAGCGUAUCUUCAUGUGAGGAUUUUCAAACACUGCGAAUCUCUAAUAUAUGCUAGAGCAUUCACUUUGAAACUAUAUGUUUGAUUGACAUGAUUUUGGUCCCUAUCUGAAUUCAGUUAGCAAUGACGUUUAUGUAUUUUUCUAGCUUAAUGGGCGGCUAUUGUUUUUGUUUAAUGGAUAGCUAGCAAUGAGCAGUGGUAACAGGUGGUAUUCCAGUCCCCCCUGACAUUACUGUCACUCAGUACAACCUUGAUUUCUAUGAAAUCGUUUACAUUAUAUUCAAAGACUUCCCAGACUCAUUGUGUGAGUACCCUCCCUUAGAGGUAUAUCUGAGGAGGGUUUCUGGGCUACCACCCCCACUCAUUCUCUUGUCAAAACUUCCCACCAUGGUCAGAAAUCAUAUUGGUUUGUUGAAAGGUGGUUGUUGUUUCACUAAGCAUGUGACACAGUGUACCAUUGUGCUCAUGCUUUCAAUGUCUUUUAUAACUUAACUAGGUAUUUUCUUUUUAAUAUUUGAUAUAUUCACAGCACUCAUUGAAUAGCUAAUAUUUUGUCAUUGGUGGAAAAAGUACUCAAAAGUCAUAC